UGGUUUGGAAACGCGUCAUUUCAGGUGGUUCUAAUUGUCGAUGCUAUGGCCCGAAAAUUCGGGUCUUAUCUCAGAAAUAAAUUUUUUACUCAUAGAUGUAACUGAAUAAUGUAAAUUGAAACUUCACAAAAUGAAAUUAUCAUUUAGGUUUGUUGAACGUGAAGCAGAAAGUCACCAAUUGAUUCAUACAACUUUGACUCUUACACAAGGAUUGUUCCAGAAGUCGAUGCUCCCUAUUGUAGUGUCUAUAAGAUUUCUUUUUCAACAUUGAUUAUCUAUGAACGUAAAAUUUCUUAUUGAGUGUGUUUUAGAGUAUUUUUUGAGUUAUCUGCAAAAACUUUUCUGUUAUUUUAGAACUGGAAUCAAUCAUUUAUUAUCUUCAUACUUAAUUAAAUCCAAUACUUUCCCCGUAUCCUAGAAAGUCUACGAGCUGAGAACGUUGACUGAAGAUUAUGAGAGUGAUGAGAGGGUGUAAGACAGUAUUUUCAAAAAAUCCCGCGUGAUGAAUUAUCAGGCACACCGAACAGAGUCAGUUGGGAAUGGUGCGCAAGUGCGCAAUGAAUUCUAGGCGUCUGUCAAUGGAGAGUCCUACGUCCUAACCUUGUUCGAUCACAUUCGUGUGGUAGCAAAGUUGUCAGAUACGCAAAUACGUUCGUGUAUUCGAUAAGUGGUUACCGGAAUGCCGCCGAAAUGUAAAUUCCAAGAAGGUGAGAAGGUUCUUUGCUUUCACGGACCUUUGAUAUACGAAGCUAAAUGUCUGAAGUCCUCGGUUACUAAGGAAAAACAGAUCAAAUACUUGAUUCAUUAUGCAGGUUGGAACAAAAAUUGGGAUGAAUGGGUACCUGAAAGUCGAGUAUUGAAGUACAAUGAGUCAAAUGUACAAAAGCAGCGAGAAGUACAACGUGCUCAUUCUACUCAACAGCCUUCUCACAAGGGCAAGAAAGCUGGUACUACGGCCAAGACACAAGGACGUAGGAGUGAAAGUGGCAGGGAUAAAGACAAUGAAAGUCGAGCAAGUACUCCUGUUGCAAUCCCUGAAAAAACGGGAAAUCGGACAGUGAAAGGUGUUGGUGGUGGUGCCACACCAUCUUCUUCACAUGAUUCUUCAUCUGAUGCGCCUCGCAAAAAGCGGAGUCGCGUUGAUCCUUCUGUGGAAACAGAGGAGCAAUUUUUGACAAAAGUUGAGGUAAAGGUCAAAAUGCCAGAUGAACUGAAGCCGUGGCUUGUUGACGAUUGGGAUGCAAUAAGCCGACAACGCAAAUUGGCAAUUUUACCUGCUAGAAACACAGUAGACCGGAUUCUCGAUGAUUAUGUCAAAUUCAAAACAUCCAGUAAAACUAACAAUCCCAAUAAAGAGAGCGCUGUUCUAGAAGUGACCAAAGGGCUGCGUGAAUACUUUAAUGUGAUGCUAGGUACACAAUUAUUGUACAGAUGGGAGCGACAACAAUAUAGCGAAAUAAUGGCUGAGAACGUCGAUGUUCCUCCCAGUCAAAUAUAUGGAUCCUUUCACUUAUUGCGAUUAUUCGUAAAACUCGGUAGCAUGUUGUCGUACACCCCUCUGGAUGAGAGAAGUAUUCAACUAUUGCUGGCGCAUAUUCAUGACUUUUUGAGGUAUCUUCAAAAAAAUAGCAGCGACCUUUUCAGUCUCCAAGAUUAUGGAGCAGCGCCACCCGAAUAUCACCGUAAAUAAAAUGAUGACACAAUACACAUGAUCGACGGAAAGGAUUCCGGAAAAAUCUGCUGAAAAUGUAGGCGAAAAUCAUCGGUACGAUAAUUUCCCAUUUUUUUGACGACAGCACAUCGCAGCUUAGGGGAGUUCGACAUCCGUGUGUGUGGUGGCAGCAGUUGAGUAUUUAUAGUCAGGUUCAAUUGGCUAUAUAACUUUAAGUUGAAGCCCUCAAUAAACUUAAUUAUUAUUCAGUUUCAA